UGCGGCUGCAGUUGUUGUUCGUAGCUACGUAGGAGUUUUGCCUGCGGCUACGCUUUUGUCUGUUUUUUUUACCAGUUUAGUGCUCAGUUGUGUUCCGAUUAUCGAACUUUUAGUAACCCAUUUUCCUUCCAGCUGUGUUGUUUUGUUGGUUCAGAAAAAUCAAACAAGAGGUCAGAAAGUGUCUGUUUAGGUUUUCACCGAAAUCAUGCAGCCCCAACCCCAGCUCGGUGCCGGUAAGGAGAGCGAUGUUCAGAAGCAGCCCACGGCGGCGACGACGACGACGAUGGAAACGGCCGUUAACGGAAACGGGACCCAUAAGGUUGCAGCUGCUGAAGCUGCGCUUCUGCAAAGCCCAGGACAACAGCAAAAGCCCAGAAAGCUGUCCUUCGACGAUACCGAUGUGGAGCUGUCGAAACUGAAACCGGGCACCGAGGUGCACCGGUUUCCGUUCUCCCUUAUGGCGCUGAAGGUCGCUGCAGUGUUUGUCAUCGCUGGGGGAUUGCUGUGGCAGUACCUGCCGCUGCCGUUCAACUCGGGGUCGCUGACUUCGUCACUGGACACGCUCCAUGAGUGGCGUCAGCUGGUCGCCAAUCGCACCGUGUCCACCAUCUCUGGCAUCGACUUCGAUUUCGAUGGGUGGUACGCGAUGCUGCAAGCGAAAGCCAGUGAAGCUCGGGCUCAGCUGCGGGAACCUUCGAUGAUCCUGCUGGCAGCGCUGUUCGGUCUCGGCGUGAUGUCCUUCACCUAUCAUGUGAUCUACCUGGACAGCAACAUCCCUGGCGUCAAUCCACCGACACCCUUCUCAGCCAGUAAACAGAAGAGAUUCUCCGAUAAGGAACGGCGGUUUCAUCUCGGUUACGUAACGGCACUACUCAGCGGAUUGACGGUGUUUUUAAUCUGCUUGCUGGUCGACUAGUUGGCUCACCCGAGAAGCACUUGAAGUGCGCCUUCUUCCACUAAUCAUUCCAUAGUCACACACAAAAAUCCGGCUAUGGCUAAUGUUUCCACAGACAGUGCGGGGCCUUACAGUAGUAAUCAACAGCGAACAAGUAACAUUUUCUUUUACCCUGAUCGACCAACUGAAUAGUAUGUAGAAUAAGGCAUAUUUUGAACUUUGGAGCACUUUUAUUUGAUAGCAAUUGCGGUGACUAUUUAUUUUCACGUGUCAUUACCAUGCAAUUAGACUUAGAAGGCGUAGUAUAGCUGAAUUGUUAAUUUAACUAAUCCCAUAUUGCAUAUAUUGUACGCUAAAAAAGAGCAAAAGACUAACCAUUUACUUUUUUGUUGAGAAUAAGUGUCUGAGCUUAACAUAGAACUUGCGGCUUAAACAUUAAGCGUGGUAAAAUAAGUUGCAGAUGACAGCGAAAUUUUGUAGCGGGCAGCUGCUUGUAUCAAUCAGUGUUUAGUUUUAAUAUAAUUGUAAACUAUAUAUUUUGAUCCUAUCUCGGUACAAAUAUA